GCAGAGGGAAAUGAAGACAGACGCUCAAAGCCUCCUGAUCCACUGAUGCCCAAAGACCCCGCCUCCAAGGUGAAACGCACCAAUCAGUGAUGGUUAUGGAGGAUGAUGGACGUCCCCACAGCCAAUCAGAGCCAGACACCCUGUCAGCCGUGGGCGGGCCAGAAUGGCUGGUCCCCUGCGUCACCUUGCGGCCCCUGCGACCCUCUGCCCGGCUUUAGGCAUCUCAGCCUCAGCUCUCCUUCUGACCAGAGACCCUGCUAUGAGCUCCUGCAGGUGUCCGACUCCAACGCUCCUGAUGCUCAUGUUUCAUCCAUGGUUCCUGCUCCAAACCAAGAAAGACAUGUACCUCCAUGUUCCCUCCCUCUCAUGCAGCCUUGCAAGCUGCAACAAAUGCCAUUUUACUCCCCCCACAGCCCUUACCAAGGGAUAUCUCCCCCUUUCCAGCCCCAAUACACACACCAUGGUUCCCUGAAUGGACCCCAGUCACCACAUCAGAAACACCUGCCCAUCAUCUCUCCCUCGCUGGGUGUAAACCAGAGUCCACAGUUCACACCUCAGCCUGCAUAUGAGAGGGAGUCCUUGGUGGGAUUUGCACACAAUCAUACCUCACCCACCUCUCCCACCUCUCCCAUCCCACAGCAGCCUCAGUGGACACUUGCAGCACACUCAAGAGGAACCACAAAUGAGUUUGUUCCCAAUGCAGCUGCACAGGACAGGAACAUCACGCCACAGUCGCCUAACUCUGAGUCUCGUUACGGCCUGGACCCAGAGCUCCUGCCCAGUGUCGUGAAGGUGAUUGCAGAGGACACGGCAGAGUGGGAGGGCAAGGUCUUCGUCUCAGAGCCUUUUUCCCGUCUUCCUCCUCUGGCAACUACUUCCUGUGUCAUAGAGGACAGGGGUAACGCCAGUCCUCUCGCCAUCCGCUCCGCCUCCUACUGUGUGCCCUGUGAAGGCCAGACCGCCAUGCUCAGCCGUCUGCCGCUGGGAGCUCUGGUCACCCCUCUGGCAAAACUAAAUGCGGGAGAGCCCUUGCCAGUGUGCAACGAGCCGGAGUGUGUGAUGGGUUGCGGUUGUUGCGGAGCCUCCAUGUGCCCGGCGAUGGGCUGGCAGGACUGUGGUCAGAGGUUUUACUGCCCCUUCUGUGGUAAACUCAGUGAAGUGCCGUGGCAACACUACCAGCCAACCAAAGGGGUGGAGGGCGCUCGGGUGGAUAAAGAAAAGCGGCCUGAACUCAGUAUGGGGUCAUACGAGAUUCUCAAUUCUCAGAAGGGUGAACCCGCUGCACUGCUUCUAGCCAUAGAUGUGUCUGCGUCAGCCGUGAGAGGAGGACAUUUGGAGUUUGCAACACAACAAAUGCUCACUCUGCUCACCUCUCUGAAGAGGGAGGAUGGCGAUGGCGUGUCGGACGUCCGCGUUGGUUUGAUGACGUAUGACAGUAAGAUCCACCUGUACGACCUGAGCCCGGCCCUGUCCCGCCCACACAUGCUGGUCAUCGCGGAGACGGAAGACCUGCAGCUUCCUGUGAGGGAGGGGCUUCUGGUGCCCCUGAGAGACUGUAUAGACAGUAUCGACAGUGUGUUGCAGCUUAUUCCUCAGUUUAGUCCAGAGGGCGAUGACUCGGGUGGAGUUCCCAUGGAGCUGCCUGUCAAAGCAGGGCUAGCCGUGCUGCAGGCCCUGAAUUGUCCUGGCAAGCUGCUGAUCUUCCAUACUGCCCCUCUGAUAGAGAUGGGUCACACAAACUCGUCCUCAGGGUUCUUUGGCUCCAACAAACCAAAGACCAUCUUUCAGCCGUCGGAGCUAGCCAUCUCAUUGGCCAAGGAGUGCGUCAGUCAGGGCUGCGGCGUUCACCUGUUUGUCCUCUCGCAGCAAGACGUGGGCGGGGCUUGGCCGGGGCACAUUCCAUAUCUAACAGGUGGAGCUCUGUACACCUACAGCCACCUCCAGGGAGAAAUGGACAGAGAGCGUUUCACCGCUGAUCUAAAGAGCGUUGUAGAGACGGACACAGGCUACAAGGCUGAGCUCAGGAUUUUUGUCAGCAAAGAUAUGCGCGUGUCCGGCUGUUAUGGACUUUUCAUCCCCGAGCCCAGCCCCAGCCGGGUCGUCAUGGCGACCCUUGAUGGGAGGACAACGCUGGCUGUGGAGCUCGCACACAGCAGAGCUCUGGACGAGGCGAGAGGUGUAGCCAUACAGACUGUACUGUCUUACAGCACGCAGGCAGGAGACAGGAGGACCAGGGUUCACACUCUGACCCUGCGAUGCUCUCGUCAGCUACAGGACACUUUCCGGCAGUACCAGGCCCAAACGUUACUCACCUUCUACUGCAAAAAAAUUUACUGUUCAGUGCUGGAGCGCCCUCUACAGGAGCUGAGGGAGGAGCUGCAGACGGAGGUAACCGAAGCGUUGGCGUCCUACCGCAAACACUGCUGCUCUGCCUCCGUGUCUGCCGGACAGCUGGUCCUCCCUCAGUACCUGCGAGCCCUCCCUGUUUACAUCAACAGUCUGAGGAAGAGCGAGGUGAUGCUGCCGGGCCUGCGGAGCUCCGUCCACCAGCGGCUGCAGCAGCGCUGCCAGGUGCUCAGCAUGGACACCUGCAGCACCGCCACACACUUCUACCCUCUGCUGCUGCCUCUGCCGCUGUCAGUGGUCAGCUCCAGCUCUCCAAACCCGGAGGAGGCACUGCGCUGCUGUGCUGCCAGCCUGGAGCCCGGUUCUCUGUAUUUGCUCCAUGCACCCCUCACCCUGCUGCUCUGGGUGGGCACCCAAGUCCCAGCAUGCACCCUGGCUGAGCUCUUCAACGCCAGCUGCUUCUCCUCCCUGCCCUCUGGAGAGACCAAGCUGCCGGUUCUUGAAAACCCGCUGUCCAUCGGCGUUCGAUCCCUCAUCGACACUCUGGACUCCCAGGCGCCCUGCGCCCGCAAGCUGUGGGUGGUGAAGCAGGGCGACACCUGCGAGGAGGCCCUGCAGCGCCACCUGGUGGAGGACAAGAGUCCCAACGGAGGGGCGUCCUAUGCCGACUUCCUCUACCAUCUCCACGUCAACUCCGUCCGGCUCCUGCAGUGACAUCACGCACACAUUUUUAAAGUACUCCUAGACCUUAUUAUGAAGUGGAAGUAUCAAAGGCCUGCUGUGUCAGAGAACCAGGCGGUGCAUGGGGACAAUCUUUAGGAAAUAUUUAUUUAACAACUGCUGUGAUAUGUGUCACGUGUUGAAUGUUAUCCGUGCCGUUCUGAACAUGUGUUUAUGAUCAUUUAUUCCAGUCUCAUUGCGUUUCUCUGAUCUCGUCCCGAGAUUUCUGUGUGUCUCGGUCUGUGUGUGUGUGUGUGUGUGUGUGUCUGUGUGUGUGUGUGUGUGAGAGAGACGGUGUGAUUAAUGCCGACAGUGUGUGAAUAAUCCAUAAAUAGAAAAAUAAAUGAAGACUUUAAUUGAACC